GAGGGAGUUUCCAUCGCGACGCCUAUGCACACUUUCUUUACGUCACCGGCGCGCUCCCACCCCGAUGCUGCGCAGGCCAAAGAGCUUCCGCUGCACCUCAUCCACCUGAUUCUCUCACACCUUGACCAUGUUGGCGACCUGGCGCGCGUUACGCGCACUUCGCGCCUCUUCUACUACAUGACACUGCCGCGCCUGUACGAGCAUGUCACGCUCCACGCCUACUCGGAAAUUCGCUACAUUGACGGCAGGCCCGAAGGCUACGGCAAUGGCAGCCCCUUUGCCAUGGGGCUCAAUACGCUCGUCUCACGCAGCUUUGGCAACUAUAUCCAGACGUUCCGUGUCCUGGGCGACUGGCGAGAGCACGAUCUCCACGACUACAAGCAGGGCCGCGUGCCAGACAACAGCAUGGUGCUGCAGGUGGCCAUGCGCGCCGCCCUCGACCGCAUGAAUAAGCUCAAGAGUUUUGCCUGGCAGUUGAACACACCACUGCUGCAGACGGUGUACGAGGGCCUCAUGGGCAAGGCGUCGCUCGUGUCUCUAACCAUUCGCUGCCAGGCCCGACGCACCCCACGCCCGACGACCAUUGUACCCCCGCUGCCCAACCUCCAGACGCUCGUCGUCUACGAUCUCGAUCCCUUGUGUUAUCCCGACGACAUAUCCUUGCUUAUGCUGGGCUCCAAGAAACUCGAGAAUCUCACGCUGCAUUGGAGCCCGCGUAUGCGAGCCGAGGGCGAAGAAUCAGUCAACCUCUUGUCCAUAUUUGGCCGCUGCAUAGCUGCCAGAUACUCAGUGCCCAUCAAGCGCCUUCACAUGUACAACCUGUACACUCGCUUGUCCAGCCUCGAUUUCCACAAGAUCCUCAACUUUGACUCUCAAAUCGAGGCCACGGUCAUCAACUGUGGGGGCUCUGAUCCUAGCACAGUUUUCACAGACACUUCGUGGAAGGUCCAUGGCAGUCUCCCUGCUUCGCGCAAUCUGAAGAUGAUACGUUCCGAUAAUGCGGACAAGGACAGCGCUAUUGGGUUGGGCAAGUUUACCGGCCUGGAACGCAUAUACAUUAUAAGCAAUACGCGAGGGACCGGUGCUUCGUCGAAACCGAACAGUACUACCCCGACGCCCUCAACGCCAUCAAACAUGACGCCCAGCGUAAGCAAUGGAUCGGGUAGCGCCAACGGAACGCCGAAAUUGGCACAUGAACAACUCUGUCGCAGUGUUGCAAGCGAUUAUCUCGCUGCCAUUCAAACCAACCACCGCACAGUGCGCCAUCUACUCCUUUCGGAUUGCUGGAUCUUGUCCGACGACGCUAUAUUCAGACUCUGUCAGCUUUGUCCAAAUCUGGAGCAGCUUGGUUUCGCCAGCUCUGUCCCAGCGCUCGAAUCCCUACGCCAAGUAUUUGCUCUUGUGCCCAAGUUGUGGGUUGUGCGGUUUUUGAUGCGUCGCGGUGGCGAGGCGUGCGAGAAGUUUGACCUGUUGGAACCUGAGAUGCAUGCUUUCGCAAUGGCAACGGAGCUAUGGCGGCCAGAGUACAAAAACAUCAAAUAUGUUGGCUUUGGUCAUGACAUCAUUUACAAGCUGGGUGAUGUUUAUUUUCCACCCAAGAGUAAAGUGCCGCAGCCAGAUGCCCCUGACAAUAGCCUGAAUGCGAGAAGAGCUGGGCCAAUAAGGAAGUUCCAAAUUGUGAGCAGAGAAAGCGUCCAGCACAUUGAAAUUUGGGGCAUGGAUACUAUCGAGUUUGAUCCCGCCUCGACUUGAGUUCUGGUUGCCAAUAUGUCAGAGUUUCGAGGAGCAGUCCAACUACAACAAGGCGCCUUGGUGAAUGCAGAGCCGUUCACAUGCGUGCGCAUCGAUACCACUUUCCCGUGGAACAACCAUCAUGCCGGCCAUUGCCUUGAACAGAGUCGCAUGCAAGCCGAGACAAAUCCAGAGAGCCUUCAGCGUUCAGCGCAAAUAUUCCAAAGGCUUAGUGUUCAGCUGUCAACCUACGCGACAGCAGGUCACUGCCACCAGUCCUGCAAGGACCGGACACCAC